UAAAAGAGGACUGGUUAGAGAGUAUCAAGGUGACAAGAUUACGCGCGAAGUUUCAUGCUUUUCUUCUAACACAUUGUGCACGGGCUUACAACUCACUCAGUCUCCUCAACAAGAUGGCCACCGAAGAUAAGACACCUGAAGCAACACAAGAAAGCACAAAGGAGGAAGCCCCUGCUGACAAAGUUGAGAAGGUUGGUGAGGAUGUUGACGAAACCAAGUUGGCCAUCAACAUGCUAGCCCAGGGCAAGAGGAACAUCAUAUGUGGCGAGAUUCCCGUGGCUGUCAACCAGUUCCAGGAGGCCUGUGCCAUGCUGGCCAAGAAGUACGGGGAGACGGCAACGGAGUGUGCGGAGGCCUACUUCUGUUACGGUCAGUCACUGCUGGACCUGGCCCGGAUGGAGACGGGGGUCCUGGGGAACGCUCUGCAAGGAGUUGAUGUUGACACAGAAGACGAUGCUGAGGAGAAGGAAGCAGCGAAAGAUGAACAGUUUGAAAAACCAGAAAACCUUGAAGGAGAAGAAAGGGAGAAACUAAGAAUGGAGAUAUAUGAUGCUAUGUCUGAGAAAGAUAAGACUGAAGUGACGAAAGGGCAGGACAACGGCAUGGAUGUGGACAUGGAGGACGAGAACAAGGACAAGGAGAACGUAGAAAACAAAGAAAAUACAAACACUGAUAAGGAUGGUUCCCACAGUAAAACUGAUAAAAUUUUAACAGAAAAAAAUGCAAAUAUAGAAGAAAAGGUUUUAGAAAAGGUUAAAAAUAGUGAAAAUAUGGAAGAAAUUGUGAAGAAAGACUGUGAAGGAGACAAGAGUGGUGGGGAGGGGAAGAAGGGGUUGGAGGAGACAGAGAGUAUGGAAACAGAUGACAAACCUGUAGAACAAGGCAACAACAUGGAGGCUGAGGAAACAAAGAAAGAUGAAACUACGGAUAAAGAGUCUAAAUCACCAGAUGCUGAAGAUGACUCCAAGAAGGAUGAGGAAGCUAAAACAGAAGGUGACACCAAGAAAGACAGUGAUGCCAAAACAGAAGGCGACGCCAAGAAAGAUGGUGAUGCCAAAACAGAAGGUGACACCAAGAAAGACAGUGAUGCCAAAACAGAAGGCGACGCCAAGAAAGAUGGUGAUGCCAAAACAGAAGGUGACACCAAGAAAGACAGUGAUGUUAAAACAGAAGGUGACACCAAGAAAGAUGGUGAUGCCAAAACAGAAGAUGUCAAGAAAGACGGUGACGCCAAAACAGAAGAUGUCAAGAAAGACGGUGACGCCAAAACAGAAGAUGUCAAGAAAGACGGUGACGCCAAAACAGAAGACACCAAGAAAGAAGGCGACAUCAAGAAAGAUGAAGGAAAAGCUGAAGCUGUAAAGGGAGAUGAAGACAAAGAAGUGAAGAAGGAUGGAGAGAAGGAUACAAGCGCCACUAAGAAGGAAAAUGGGGAAGCUGAUGCGGCUAUGGAAACGGGUGAAAAAGAAACUGGCGAGUCUUCAGCAACCAAAGAUGACAAAGAAGCUGAAGAGGAAGAGGGUGAAGAUGAGGAGGCGGAGGAAGAAGAGGAGGAGGCGACGGCGGCAGAGGGAGCAGAAGGAACCAGUGAGCCGAAGGAGGGAGAGCAGGAAGACUGUGACGAUGUGUCAAAUCUACAGCUGGCCUGGGAGAUGUUGGAACUCGCCAAGAUGAUCUACCUCAAGGAUACUACAACUGAGGCUCAACUGAAGGCAGCACAGGCGUACUUGAAACUUGGGGAAGUCAGUCUAGAAACAGAGCAGUACGAGCAGGCUACCGAGGACUUCAAGGCUUGUCUAGAGAUCCAGAAGAAGCAUCUUGAAGCCACCGACAGAUUGCUUGCUGAAUCACAUUACCAGCUGGGAUUAGCAUUUGGCUUCGACAAGAAGUACGAGGAGUCAGUCGAACACUACAAGGCAGCAAUAAAAGUUAUCGAAGAAAAAAUGAGUCACCUUGAAAAGGUCAUUGAAGAGAACUCCAAGGGAAAAGGCAAAGAACUAUCAAGUUCCGAUGAUCCAGUAACACAGGCAACAAAAGAAAUCUCAGAAUUGAAGGAAAUCCUGCCUGAUAUUGCCUCCAAGAUUGAAGAUGCAGAGGAGGAGAAGAAGAACCUGGAACAGCUCAAGACGAUGACCAAGGAAAUAGUUGGAGGAACACUGACCACAUUUACAUCACAAAGUGAAAAGACAGAAACAGCUAAACCGAUUGAAGUAAAGAAAGCUUCAGACAUCAGCCAUCUCAUCAGGAGGAAGCGUAAACCUGAUGAGGAUGCAGAUGACCCAGAAUCUAAGAAAUCCCGACAGGAAGAUGGCUCCGGUGACGCCCCCAAAGAGAACGGCCAUGCCAAACCUGCUGCCACGUAGACAUGGUGGGAGAAGAAAGAGGACACCCCUGACGUCGUCCCUGAAGCGGAGCCCAUGGCAACAUGAAUACAUCUUUGUUUGUGUUGUGGAGGUGAUCUGUUAGUCUCUGGUGUGAGAACUUUGUACAUACAGUUGUCCAUGUAUAUACUUAGUUGUACUGUUUCCAUUUCAUCUGCCAUUUGUACAAAAUCAAAAUAAAUUGUUUGCACCUGUU